ACAAGCUGACUGAUUGACUUGGACUUCAUCACAGCCUGCAGCCCGCUCCUGUGUACACCUGAGAACUAACCACAAGAAAAGAAUGGAUGUAAGUACAUCUUCAAAUUCUCAGAUCUCUACUCUGCACUCUGACGUUCUAUGUGGCAGCUGCCCGUCCAAUGGUUCUGCCCCACAGCCUAACGGCCUCUGGCCCACCCUGCCCCCAUCUUCAGCCACCUUCCCUUCCUGGCCAGCACUACCCAACCAGCCAAAUUAUCCCUCACCCUGCUGGCCCGGUCAGCCCAACACACCCUGCUGGCCUGGCACACAACCUGCCCCUUACUCUGUUCCUGCACCAUAUUCAAUACCAGCUCCGGCUCCAGCCAUAACACCCAACCCUGCACCCACCACACCCAUAGUUGCCAUUCCGGCUCCAGCUCCAAUCCCAGGUCAGGUUCAAGCCCUUGGACCAGCUCCAGGGCAGCCCUGCCAGCCUUACUGGCCUGGCUCCCAAUGCCAGCCUACCCAGCCUCCCCAGCCCCCAGCUCCAGCUCCAAUUCAAGUUCAAGUCCCUGGACAAGUCCCCACUCCAACUCCAACUCCAGCCCCGGUCCCAGCACCCCCUCCGUCCUCCAGGUGGCCCACCCACCCUGGAUGGCAUUAUAACCCAGGACAGUCAGGAUGGCCGGGGCAGAGUCCAAAUUUCAUGCCUCCACACUGGCUCCCCCCUACAUCUGGACCUUUGAGUGUGCCAUACAAUUUGAACCUGGCCCGGGGAGUCUAUGACAAGAUGAUGAUGACCAUCCUUGGCCAUGUCAAACCCAAUGCUAAAAUGUUCACAGUGAACUUCCUGAGAGGCACCGACAUCGCUUUUCACAUCAACCCCCGCUUCUGUGAGGGGGGUAAACAGGUGCUGGUCCGUAACCACAAGCUGGGAGAGCGCUGGGGUCCAGAGGAGAGGGAGCUGAAGCCAGGACCCUUCCCUUUCGCCCUUGGGAGCCCGUUCGAGAUGAAGAUCCUUUGCAAUCAGGAGGCGUUCCGGGUGGCAGUGAACAACAUCCCACUCUUUGAGUUCAGACAUCGCAUCAGAGCGCUCAACCAGAUCGACAGGAUCAACAUCCUCCAUGAUGUCGUCCUUACCUACGUCAAUGUGGAGACACUUCCUUAAGAAGCACGUCAUGAAUCGCAGUGCAUAAAUCAUCACAUUUAAGGAUGCAUGUCAAAGUGUGUUUGAGUUAUGCAAAACUUUGCUCACAGUAAAUGAUCUUUAGGCUAUAUAAAAAGUGUGUUUGAGAUAUUGAUGACAUGCAUUGAGCUAAAUUUUUAAUGUGCCAAAAUAAGCUCAAACUACUCUGACACAUAGCUAACCUCUUAAUGCACACAAUGCUUUCUUUUUCUGCACAAAGACUCUUGUAUUUAUUGUGUACAACAAUAUUUUGAACUAACUGGUAAUUAUUUGUGUACCUAUAUUGCAAAAAACUGCAAUGAAUUGCAUUUAAGAGUUUUAAUAAAUAGUGCAUAUUU